AUGCCCGAUAAAGGUUUUGUGUCUCCGUAUUUGACAGAAACAAUUUUUGCUGGAAAAUAUUUCACAAAAAAAGACAGUUUAAAUGAAACUGGCGCGAAUAAUCUUCACGGUGAAACUGCUAUAUGA